AUAAUAAGAAGAAAGAUAGGCCUGUUCCGCCUUCCUCAAUCUAAGCUCUUUGGUGCUCUCAGGUGCUCGACCUUUGUAAAACCCUGACAGUUGUGGCAAGCUACAAACACGACGUUCCGAAAUCCGAUUAUUCCGAAUGUGUUUACAAACAAGAGAGGGCCGGAGAGCCGGAGAGGUACACUACUACACUUCUGGAUUGAGGACGAAUUUGUUGACAGGAAUAACACGCUCAGUAAUAUUCUGUACAUUACAAGUCAAUAUUGGGUUAUUACUGCUGUGGCUCAACCCAGCAGCCGCAGAUAUGAAAGUCCUGUACGCUAGAUAGAUUGUGUCCUCACCCAGACCCACACACCGCUACGCUCUCCUGCUCCUGGUUGAAGAAUGAUUGUGGCAACAGUACUAUGUUUAAUUAUCGGAUUCACGGGGGCUGGCAGUGAAAUGGUGGCCCUUCGCGUGAUAAGUGAACUUCCUAGUGCAGGAUAUAUGUAUGGCAAUCUGCAGAAAACAGAUACAAAACCUGAGGAAAAGCUUCAUUUAAGAAUGAAGCCAGCAAAAUUCAGUGGACCUGAACAUCUUCAGGAGCUAUUUGGAAAGUGCUUUAAAUACAGGGAUCAAAAGUAUGAAUAUGUGUUAUGUCCAUUCCACAAUAUUACCCAAGAAGACAUUCAAGCUUAUUAUGAACCAUAUAAAGGUGUUCUUGGAGUAUGGAGUGACUGGACAAUUGAUAACAACAAAUUUGUGGCAAUGAAUAUGAUUGAAGGAAGUAGAUGUGGUGAAGGCACACACCGCUCCACCAAGGUGACUUUAAGCUGUGGUGGCCACUCUGAAUUAAUUGAGGUGACGGAACCUGAGAAAUGCAGGUACCUGGCGAAAUUCAAGACACCACUUGUUUGUGGAAUUAAUGCAAUGGUUGUGUAUCCAAGGCUACCUGAAUCUCUCCAGAGACAGUGGGAUGAGGUGGAACAAAACCGACUGGAUGGUUAUCUCACUGAAAAGGGUUUUGAAAAACAGUUGCAGAGGAUAUUUGUUCAAGCUGGAUUUUACCUCUCUCCAGAUAUAAAAAAAUCAUUACUUUACAAUGUAACAGGAAGAGCAGAUGAGAGCUGUAAGGCUGCAUUAGAUGCAGCUCUCUCUCGUGUCAGUGAGCUUGAAGAGGAGCUCAGACUUAAAGAAGAUAUUAUUAAAGAAUUAGAAGAAAAUAAAAAAAGGACAUAAUUUUUGCUUUUGCAUAAACAUGUACUACAUGUAAGACUAAGAUCCGUGCAGUCACAACUAUACUUCUGUUGAAAAACGUCACCUUAUUUGAGAUGGGAACCAGUCAUAAUAUGAAUUUUUUCCCCAUACUUGUCUCCAUUCCUUUAGUUAUAUAAGGUGUUUUCAGUUGCGUUGCCGCAAAGCCAAACGUGUUUGAGUUCACGCUGAACAGGACAGUACUGAGGACACCGUCAGUGCUGCCAUGUCACUGUGAUCUCAAUCCCUGGGAGAAGUCAUCGUACACAUCAGUCGCCUGAGCUAGUGCUGUAGUCAAAACAUAAACACGGCAGCAUGCUGGAAGAGUUUGGAGAUUUAUUCCUUUAUGGGGAGUAUUAUAGGUCACCAGUGCUUCAUCAUUUGUACACACUGAAGGCUGAGCAACCCAAUACCCCUCAAAAACAGUAGGUCUUCAGUCCUUGGAAGAUGUACAGUGAUUUGAUCUAUGUGGACUUGUUUUAAAGGUGUUCUGUUGUAGAUGUAUGGCUGUGGUUUUCUGAUGCCUAUAUAAUUGAAUUACAUAAAUAUUUAGCAGAUAAUUCAUUACUUUGUGAUAUAAGGAUUUGCAGCAAUAUUAUAAUUUUAUUCACCCAAUAACAGAAAAGUAACUCCACUAUUAUAUCGAAGUCACGACCAGAAGCAUGGAAUCGAACAACACCCACAACAAGGAUGGAUGGAUGCGACAUGUCACUAGCUACCACCAGCUCAUUAAUUUGUUUCAUCACGGUGUGUGUUUGAUUCUGGUUCUCUCCAGUGUGCUGCACAAUAGGUAAACUUAAAUCUUCAUCUAUAGUAUCCACUUCCAUGUCCUAAAACAUGACUUACUAUUCAGUCUUAUUUGAAAUGUAACUCCUUGUUGAUUUCAUUUCCUGAGGUUGAUGGGGGUUGCUCCACACUAAUUGGCUGAAAAGUGUUUGGCAAACGAGGUCAAACACAAUGGAAAGGUGAUUACGAGCAUUUGCCAAAACUGGCCUCUGUUUGAUUAUGAUUCCGUUUUUCCCCAGCCGCACCUUUACUGAAAAGGCCUAUAUUUCCAUGUCAGUUACACCUCAAAGUUGUUAUGAUAAUCCAAAUAGGCUUUUUUAAAUCAGUCAUAAUAGAUCAAUCAAAUGAACCUGAAUGGGAUUGCCUGGAAGACAGAUGCUUCCUAUUCCUUUCAAAUUCUCCACCACUGAUGGCACCAGCACAUUUCACUACAGUGUAUUGUUAUAAAAUAAAACUAGAUAAACUCCUCAA